CUGUGUGAGAGAGAAAACACGGCGAUGAAGAAACCCGGCGGAGCGGAGAAGAAGAAGGUGAGACGAUCUCCCGGUGUCGCAUCUAACGGCUCGAAUAGCAUUUCUUCUACGAACAAUUCAAUUAAUGGGAGAGACUCUAAACCAUGUUGAAACCAUAAAAAAGAAAGCUGAACAAGAAAAGGAAAAGUAAAACUCUACGUUGUUCGGAUCCUCGAAAAAUGCACCUGUACUCAUGUUGGAUUCUCCAGAAAUGCAUUACUUUUGAAGGAUCCGAGCAACACAGGAAAAAGGAUAGAGUUUUGAAGGAAGAAGCAGAAAGAAGGGCUUCUGAGGGAUCUCAUAGAAAUCCUACAGGAAUAUGUUAGGAUAUUUUGGGGCUGUCAUCUAUUGUACAAAGCUAGAGAAACAAGGGGCGAAGGACGUCUUCCAGCUGUUUGCCGAGAAAGCAAGAGAUCAUAAAGGCUUAGUUUCACGUUGGGCUGUCCUGCAGGAAACACGGGUAGAGUAUUUCAGGGGAAAAGAUUUUGUCGCUUUUGUGAGAAAUCAUUCAGAACUUAAAGACAUACUAGAGUCAGAUAAAGGUUUGGAGCCUGAAGAUAUUGCCAACAUUCUGCUUCAAAAGAAUCUUUUAGUCCGCUGUGAUCGUGUGGUGAAAAUUGUUCGACCUGGGAAGAAAAAACUAUCUUCUUGGCCAGCACAUUUAGAGAUAUACCAUGAUCAAGUAUUUUCUGAAAAUGAUGCCUUUUUUGCAUGGGCAUUUGUGAAAAGAAGACCCCUGUGGCAAACACUUCUCUCAUUUUUCUGGCCGGUGUUAACACUAGCAAUUUGCUUGUUUCCUGUUUAUCCCCAUUGGGCCAAAUUGCUUAUACUAUACACGUGUGCUGGUCUCCUCCUUCUCAUACUUAGUCUGCUAUUCAUAAGAGCUUUGAUCUUUGGUGCUAUUUGGGUACUUUUUGGGAAGCGUGUAUGGUUUUUCCCCAACAUUCUGGCCGAGGAAGCAACACUGCAAGAUUUGUUCCAAGUUUGGCCUCAGAAGGAUGAAGGCGAGCGACCAAAGUGGACAGCAAGGCUUUUCUACGCAAUAGUAGCUGUGGUUGUUAUUUUGCUCCUGAGGCAUCAUGCUCCUGACGAGGCUGCAAGAGCCAGGUAUCAGAAACGAGUUUCCAACAUUAUCGAUGAUGUGCUCGAGUGGUCUCCAAGACAGGCUCUAUCAGGGAUGAUGGAUACUGUUGUCAAUGUCACCGACUCAAAUGAUAACGCAACUGAUGAUAGCAAAACUGGCAGUGAAAGAGUUCAUUUCACAGAUGAUUUAGACGAAGAAACCGAUCUGAAAGAAGAGAGUGAGGAUGUUUUUGGAAGCUUAGAAGAUAGUGAUCAUCAGCAACAUGACUUGUAAUUUAUAUAAAUGUUGAAACAUAUGCUUCAAAAUUAUUAUUUUUCUUAAUUUUGUAUCAAGUUUUCAUCCUCUUUGUUAAUUCUCUUUUGUGGUAGAACUUUAUUUUGGGGCGUUUAAUUGCCAACUGCUGAAUUUUGAGAACCAAGGGUGAGUUCCCUGUGAAAAAGAGAAAAAAAGGUUUUCGAUAUAA